AUGGCGAGUUCCUUUCCCACCCCGACCCUCUUGACGCCCAAGCUGUCCCUGCCACCGCUCGGUCCUUCGCGCCGCAACGCUGCCGCUGCGGCUGCCCCGUGGCCGCAUCGUGGGCGGAUCACCGCGACUACAGGAGGCGAUGCUGCCGCAGCAGUAGCGACGACAGAGGAGGAAGCAAAGGCCAGGAAGGAGAGGAGGAAACGAUGCCUGAGGUGCGGCGUCCUGUACCUGGACGAGGAGAACUCCCCUGCUGCCUGUGCCUUCCAUGGCCACAUCACCGGUGAGAAGGGGCUGUUUUCGCUGUCGCCGCCGCACCAGGGGGUCGACGGCGAGUGGAACGACAAGAGCGGGGUCAUUGUCUACAGGUGGAACGAGCAUGGCGACCGCCCCAACACCGGCCGUGCCAACUGGAAGGGAAGGUGGAGCUGCUGCCAGGAGCGGGACGAGGAAGCGCCGCCGUGCCGCCGUGGGUACCACGUCUCCUACGACGAUGGCUUCACUCUCUUCUAGCCACACGUCUACACCGGUUGUAUGAAUAUAUGGAAGUUGUUGUUUUUUGGAACAUGAUACUGCUUUAUGAAAUGCAACAGUGUCCUAUGUCCAUUUAUAAAGGAGGAGUACAAUAGAGUUAAGAACAAGAAGAGAAAAAAAUUAUGUACAACAAACAUCAUGGUCUAAAGAUCUCGGUUGAAAAAUCAGGGUGGGUCGAACCUCUCCUCGGACUUGGCUUCUUUCCAUGGGACUAGUUCGUGCCAUCAGACUUCCUUUCUUCACUCUGUUUCUCUCUUUUAAGGUCAUCCAUGAGGUUAGCAUGAGAACUGAACUCCACUUUGCUUCCUCAUCAUUGACUAUGGAUUAUUUCACAAAUGACUUAGCAGAUACUCCCUCCAUCCCGGAAUAAGCUUGAGACACUUAUUUUGGGAUGGAAGGAGUAGUACUUAUCAAGCCACACAUAGUCAAAUACUAGCGUGUAGUGCGCGGCGGCACGCCGCGCCACGUGAACCGAUAAGGUAUUUGGUUUUUUGCAAUGUUUGGUAAGUCGUCCAAAGUAGUUCAUACAAAGAAAGAGUACAUCUAGUUGGUACACGCAUGUGAUCUACGGUAGGUGGUGAUAAUGGCUACUGGAUACCGAAUUGCAAAGGUUUGGUUUGCUUCUUAGACCAGAGAUGUUGAUCCUCUGUCUUGGUUUGUCUUUGUGAUGUAGUGGUA